AUGACAUCAGAUAAAGUAUUGGAAAGUUCAGUGAUCAAGGACUUAUCAAAUCAUAUUUAUGAAAAGAGAAAAGCCACAGCGUAUCAAAUUGAAUCAUUAACUAAAAAUGCAUUAGCUCAUAAUGACAGUCAAACAAUUUAUAGAAUAAUUAAUGAACUUACAGAAUUAACCAAUACUGGAACCAAUCUGGCCAAAAUGGGAGCAAUCACUGCUUUAGGUAGUGUAUCUGUUGCUCUUGGAUCAUUUGCAAUUGCUUAUUUUUUGGAAGAUAUUGUUAAACCUAUAUUUUCAACAUUUAAAGAUACUGAUGCCAGAGUAAGAUAUUAUGCUUGUGAAUCACUUUAUAAUGUUGCUAAGAUAGCAAGAGGGGAAAUUUUAAUUUAUUUCAAUGAAAUAUUUGAUAUUUUAUGUAUUUUGGUCAGUGAUUCGGAAAGUAGUGUGAAGAAUGCAGCCGAUAUUUUGGAUAGAUUAAUUAAAGAUAUUGUUAGUGCUAAAGCUACUAAUUAUGUUAGUAUCUUACAACAACAACAAGAAUCUCAAAUUAGGAGUAAUUUAGUUGACGCUCAAGGCAAUGCAAUUCAAGUUAAUGAACCACAAGAUCCAACAAAAGCAUUUUCAUUACCAAAAUUUAUUCCUACUUUAUUAGAAAGAAUGUAUACUAAUGACCCAUUUACCAAGAAAUUUUUAUUAAGUUGGCUUGAACUAUUUGAUGAUAUUCCAUCAUUGGAAUUGAUUAGAUUUUUACCAGAAUUUUUGAAACCCGUAAUACAAUUUUUGUUUAACAAUUCACCAAGUGAUAUUCGUUUGGAAACAGAAAGUUUAUUGGAUAUAUUUUUGGAAGAAAUUAAACAAAUUGCUAAAAUCAAAAUCGAAUUACGCAAGAAGGAAUUAGAUCGUAAGAAACAAGAAUCAAAAAACAUUGAAGGUGGAGAAUCCAAGGGGGAAGACAGUGGCAGUAAAGAUAAAUUACAAAAUGGUCAAGAUAAGAUUUUAAAAGUUGAUCCUAUAGGUGGUGCUAAUAAUGAUGAGGAAGAAGAAGGUGAUGCGGCUGAUGACGAAGCUUCUAUCAAGUCAGAUGUCACAACUAUUGUGAGAAGACCACAAGUUUCCACAGCAAUUGAAGGGCAGUCAGAAUACAAGGAAGAUCAAGCAAAAGACGAAUUCGAAGAAGAAGAAGCAGAAGAAGAGGAGCAAGUUAUUACUGGUCAGGAUAUUUUUAUUGAUUAUGAGAAGAUUAUCAUCAUUUUGUUAUCGUUUCUCAAUUCCAAUGAUGCAGAAAGCACGUCCAAGGAUUUGGAUAAUGAACCGCAUGAAAUUUAUUGUCAGGUACAAUUUAUUGCAAUUAAAUGGUUACAAGAUAUUCUCGAUAUUGCUCCUACAGGGUUUUUGAAAUUAUUUCCUGAAUGUGUUGCCAUUGUAUUGAAAAACGUUUCUAAAACUGAUAAGGAUCAAGAUUUCGAAUUGAGAGAUUCUUUUCUUAAUUUCAAUUUAUCAUUACAACAGUUUUUAUAUAAAUUCAAUGAUGUUGAUUUAACUGAAGUAAAUGAGAUUCUUGGAUUGAACCAAGAGACUAAUACUGAAUUUACUGAAGUGAAGUUACCAUUAACAAUUUCAUCUAUCAUUAAGGAGUAUAUGGAUUCAAACAAUGAAUUGGCCAGAAUUUCUAGUUUGGAUUGGUUAAUAUUUAUUUAUGAAAGAAAUCCUCAAGAAUUUUUAUCAUAUUUUCUGACAGAAGCUAGCAAUAAUUUUGAAUUGACUGAUUUCUUGAAAUAUGAUACCAGCAAUGAAGUUAUCUUGAAGAUAUUAUCAUUAUUAGCCAAGAUUUCAGAAUCGAAUCAACAAUUUUUCAAGAACUUUAUGAUCAAAUUAAUCAAGAUUUUUGAAUCUGAAGGAUCAGACAAGUCAUUCAAAGUUGAAUUUAUUGUUCGUAAAUUAUGUGUGACAUUGAAUGCUGAGAUUAUUUUCACAACUUUGUCCGAAGUAUUGACUACGUUAAAUGAUUUGGAUUUUUUGAACACCAUGAUUGUUACUUUAAACAAUAUUUUAUUGACAUCACAAGAGUUGUUACUUUUCCGUAAGAAAUUGAAAAACUUGGAUUCAACCAAAAUUGAAGAUUGGCAAUUAUUUGCAUCUUUAUUUCAAAGUUGGUGUCAUAAUCCUCCAAGUGCCAUUUCGUUGUGCUUAUUAACAACCAACUACGAGCUUUCCUAUUUAAUCAUAAAGAACUUAUCAGAAUUGGAAGUUACUUCUCAACUAUUAAUUCAACUAGACGUUUUGGUACAAUUACUCGAACUGCCGAUAUUUAUGAAAUUGAGAUUGAAUUUAUUGGAACCAGAAAGACAUCCUUAUUUAUUCAAAACAUUAUAUGGAUUGUUGAUGAUCUUACCACAAAGUAAUACGUUCAUGUCUUUACGUAAUAGAUUAACCACUGUUAGUAAUUAUAAUGGCCACUCUGGAUCAUCUCAAUUCCACGUUGCCACUCCAUUAACAACACCAACACCAAGUUCAGGAAGUGGUACAACCACAACUGGGUCCAGUAGUAACCAAUCCAUCAGAAGGAAAAGAAUUUAUGAAAUGUUGGAUAAGUUUAUCAAAGUGCAAGACAAACAUGAAGAGUAUAAUAACAACAAUAGAAGAAUCAACAUGAAUCCUUCAACUUAUAACAUUGAAUCAAGUUCAGUAUUUCCCAUCCAUCUGAUUAAGUAG